AUGUUUGUUUUUGGUCUCUGGAAAAGUCAUGCACUGCUCACCAUUUUCUGGCUUCUUCUCUGUCUAGGAUGGCGAGCAGUGGCAGUGCAGACGAGCGAUCCGGCGCCGUUUCGCGCCCAGCUAGAGCAAUGGAAAAGCUGGCCUCACGUGCUCCAGUUGGCCCAACUGCAGACGCUGAAGCCAAGCCGAGCAAGGCUGAAGACAAGCUUAAACACGCUGAAGCCAUGCUGGACAGCGCUGAAGCCAGGCUGGACAGCGCUGAAGCCAACCUGGACAGCGCUGAGGCCAACCUGGAACCUGGACAGCGCUGAGGAACGUGCCAUGGCGCCCAUGGACACAGAGGAGCAAGCCAGUGCCGAAUUGAAGGUGGCGGAAGCCGAAUUGGGCGUGGCCAAAGCCAAACUGGGCGUGGCGGAAGCCGAAUUGGGCGUGGCCAAAGCCAAACUGGGCGUGGCUGAAGCUAAUGUGGAAGCGGCUACAAAUGAUGAAGACCGAGCCCGAGCCGAAUCAAGUGUGGCCAAUGCCAAAUUGAAGGCGGCGCAAGCCAAACUGGAAGCGGGCGACGCCGAAUUGGAAGCGGCUACAAAUGAGAGAGACCAAGCCCGAGCCGAGGCGGACGUGGUCGAUGCCAAACUCAACGUGGCCAAAGUGAACGUGGCGGAAGCCGAAUUGGGCGUGGCGGAAGCCGAAUUGGGCGUGGCGAAAGCCAAACUGAAAGCGACCAAAGCCAAAGUGGCAGCGGGUACGAAUGAGAAAGACCAGACCCGAGCCAAAUCGGGCGUGGCCAAUGCCGAAUUGAACGUGGCGGAAGCCCAAGUGAACGUGGCGGAAGCCGCAUUGGGCGUGGCCAAAGCCAAACUGGAAGCGGCCAAAGCCAAAGUGGCAGCGUGUUCGAAUGAGGCAGACCAGACCCGAGCCAAAUCGGGCGUGAUCGAUGCCGAAUUGAACGUGGCCGAAGCCGAAGUGAACUUGGCCAUCUGGCGUCGACGUGCCGCAGAGCUGAGCAAUGUCUCUGAAUUCAUCCGAGACAUCUUGAAAAUGGAAGAGGCCUACGCUCGCCAGAAGCGUGAUGAAGCUGCAAGCAGAAAAAAACCACCCAUGGCGGCUGCAGUGAGCCCUCGUCCCCUGCAAUCCCGUGAGCUUGGUUUCGUGGGCCUCGUGAACAUUCCUGACAACGAUGGGCAGCCGUUGUAUUACCAACCAUACUGCUUUCUCGGCGAGGGCAGGCACUGCAAGGCGUACAAAGGCGACUUUCAUGACAAGCCGGCCGUCUUCAAGAUUUUCCAGGACAAAGCCGUCAUGAAGCAGGAGCGUGACAUGCUUAUCAAUCUGGAUUUGGCCAAGGUUCAAAACGUGCCUGUCCUCAAGGGUUGCUCGGAAGAGUACCCCUACUGCUGCGUCGUGGCCCCUGUAGGCAGAGAAUUUGUCACGCCUCCUACAAGACAUGAGCUAUCAAUGCUUUUGGAUGUGCUCAAGGCCGCGCACAAGGCUGGGGUUGUUCAUCGUGACCCGCUUCCCCGCAACUAUUUUCGUGUGGAUUCUACAAUUCUAUUCAGCGACUGGGGGUCGGCUGAAGAGAUUCGCACAGGCCAGCCAGUUGCACCCACUGGCUGGCCUUGUGAGCAAGCAGAUGACAUGAUUGACGAGAGUGAGGUGGUGCCCCAGUUCCGACAUGACCUGGAAAUGUUUGCAAAGGGCAUCUUCUUGCGAAUGGUGCAAAAGGGCGGCUGGCCAAAUGACCUGCGUAGCACUGAUUUUUGGGAUGAGGGAUACUUGGGAUCUACCUGGCGACCUGUCUUGAAUGCUGCUCGCUCUCUACCCAAUUUCCUUACCGGAGAAGACUCACCCGAAGAUUUUGUGCAAAACCACGAUGAGACAUACGAGAACUUCAGAAACAUACUCUUGGAGUCCUAUGAUCGCCUGCUCUCUAAUGGGCCCGCUUUGUUUUGA